UAAUUUUGUCCGUUACUGUCGGUAGGGUUUUAGAAUUCUCCCUCUCUUCAUUCGACCAUUGCAGUCAAAGUUCAAACCCACACUCACAUUCGACAUUCCUCCUACUCAUCUUCACUUCCAGAUUUCAUGGGUGUGAUUGAUUUCUACAGCCAGUCAUCUCUUUGCAUGAUUAAAUCCGACAUUGGUCUCUGCUUCGUCCCAUCGCACAGACCCAAUUGUUCAUUUGAAGAAAAUCGCAGGAGGGUCACUUUUAUGGCCUCCACCAUUCCUGUAAAAACGCAUGUCAAAGAGGAGGGUCGACAACGGUUGACCGGGGAUUCUUUUAUUCGACCCCAUCUCCGGCAGUUGUCUCCCUAUCAACCCAUUUUGCCAUUUGAGGUUUUGUCGGCUCGUCUUGGAAGAAAGCCUGAGGAUAUAAUUAAAUUAGAUGCAAAUGAAAACCCAUAUGGUCCACCUCCAGAGGUUUUUGAGGCUUUGGGGAACCUGAAAUUUCCAUAUGUUUAUCCUGACCCUGAAAGCCGUAGAUUGCGUGCUGCCCUUGCCGAGGAUUCUGGCAUUGAAUCUGAGUAUAUCCUUGCAGGGUGUGGUGCAGAUGAGCUCAUUGAUUUGAUUAUGCGGUGUGUACUGAAUCCAGGUGACAAAAUUGUCGACUGUCCUCCGACCUUUACAAUGUAUGAAUUUGAUGCAGCUGUUAAUGGGGCACUUGUUAUCAAGGUACCUCGGAAGCCAGACUUUAGCUUGGAUGUCGAACUGAUUACUAAGGCCGUUGAUCAAGAGAAGCCGAAGUGCAUAUUUUUGACUUCUCCCAACAAUCCAGAUGGGAGUAUAAUAAAUGAUGAAGAUCUCUUGAAGAUCCUUGAUCUGCCUAUAUUGGUUGUGUUGGAUGAAGCAUACAUUGAAUUUUCAGGAAUUGAAUCUAAGAUGGGAUGGGUGAAGCAGCAUGAAAACCUAAUUGUCCUUCGGACAUUUAGCAAACGAGCUGGAUUAGCUGGACUUCGUGUCGGAUAUGGAGCAUUUCCUUCUAGCAUCAUUGAGUACCUUUGGAGAGCAAAGCAACCAUAUAACGUUUCUGUUGCUGCUGAAGUAUCUGCAUGUGCAGCAUUAACGAAUCCAACCUAUUUGGAGAAUGUUAAAGUGGCUUUGGUGCAAGAACGUGAGAGGCUGUAUAAACUCUUAAAAGAAGUGCCAUUUUUGAACCCGUAUCCAAGCUAUUCUAAUUUCAUUCUUUGUGAGGUUACAUCUGGAAUGGAUGCAAAAAAACUGAAGGAAGACCUUGCGAAAAUGGGUGUGAUGAUCCGUCACUACAAUAAGAAAGAAUUGAAGGGUUAUGUUCGUGUGUCCGUGGGUAAGCCUGAACAGACGGAUGCCUUGAUGGAGUGCAUCAACCGCCUGUCUUGAUUCAGUAUGUUGAAGCUUCUCUUGGAGAGAUUGAGAUCUAACCAUUUAGACAAAUUUGUAUGUUGUUGUCUUAACAAAUUCCAGGUCAAAUAUUUUCAAUCAAUCGUUCUACAGCAACUCAGACAAUUGUAAAUAAGGGGCAAAACAUGCUUAUUGAAUUUUGAACCGUGUCAUUUUAUGUUUGUAUUAUGUAAAAGUGAGAAAUAUUUUGCCUUGAAUUAAAUAAUUAAUGCAUAAUACUAUGACAGAA